CCCUUCGAGAGGCAGCGAUCGCAGGUAUGAACUUAAAAGGAGGUGGGGGAGCGGGAGCAGCUCCCCCUCCCCCGAGGGACCCGUUCUGCAGCCAAGGAGGAGCAGCGGAACCCGAGGAGCGAGGCAUUUCUCGCUCGCUGGGGAAAGCUGCCGUGCGCCUUAGCUGCCGCUCCAGCUGCUCUCAUCUCCUGGCUGGGCGAGCGGCAGUUCGUGGCGUGCGGAGAAGGACUCGCUCACACUUACUCCACUUUGCUGCCCCGGCCACCGCAACAGUAGCAGCGCACAGCCAUGAUUUCUGCACGGCGAUACAGUCUCUGCAGCCUGGUCCUCGUCUUGUGCCUAGCGGCCGGGCAAGAGUUGCAGGCUUCCCAGAACUGCAUGACAAAACAGCAACUCCUGGGUACCAUCCGCCAAAUGCAGCAGUUUCUCAAAGGCCAGGAAACACGGUUUGUUGAGGGACUACGCAUCAUGAAACACCGACUCACAACUCUGCAGAACACUGUGACUAAAGCUAUCCCAGACCCACAAACUGUGUUCUGCCCUAGAUUGGAAGCUCCAGUGAAUGGCAAAAAAUUUGGCACGAAGAAUGUGGUGGAUCAUGAAGUCCAUUUUACCUGUGAUCCUGGAUUUCAGCUUGUUGGUUCCAAUUCUCGAGUAUGUCAGCCAAAUGGCAGCUGGACUGGAGAAGUUCCACACUGCAAAGAUGUUAGUCUGUGCUCAAAUCAGUGCCGGAAUGGAGGAACAUGUACAGAGACAGGUGACCAGACUCAAUGCAUUUGUUCACAGGGAUGGACCGGCCCCAAUUGCCAGUAUCAAACCCAGACAGUACCUCCAGCAUGGAGCAUAACAAAUGACCCGGCUUUUAGUCGCAAGCCGCGCUGUGCCCAAUUAGAUCGAAUGCAACACUGCAGCUGUGAAGCGGGCUUCCAUAUGAGUGGCACUACAGAAAACAGUAUUUGCCAGGAUGUGAAUGAAUGUGAAAUUUACAAGCUGGAGGGAGUCCCUCGUCUGUGUAUGCAUGCUUGCAUCAACACUCCUGGCUCAUACCACUGCUCCUGCCCCCCUGGAUACAAGCUCUUCAAUGAUGGGAAAAACUGUGAAGAUAUAGAUGAAUGUGCACUCUCAUUGCACAGCUGCAUUAGGGGAACAACAUGCAUUAACAUCGGAGGAAGCUUUCAAUGUGUCAGGCCAGAGUGUCCCCAGACUGGUGGAAAUGUCAGCUAUGUGAAAACAUCACCCUUUCAAUGUGAACGGAAUCCGUGUCCCAUGGACAGCAGAUCAUGCCAUCAAGCCCCCAAGACGAUCUCCUUCCAUUAUCUCCCUCUGCCAUCCAAUCUUGCCACUCCCACUCCUCUCUUCCGCAUGGCAACUGCUUCAGCCCCUGGACGACCAGGUCCUGACAGCUUGCGGUUUGGGAUUAUAGGAGGAAACAGCCGAGGACAUUUUGUGAUGCAACGUUCGGACAGACAGACUGGAGAACUCAUGCUGGUACAAAGGCUACAAGGGCCUCAGACCAUAACAGUGGAGGUUGAGAUGUCCGAGUAUCUGGAUCGCACCUUCCAAGCUAAACAUGUUUCCAAAAUUACCAUCUUUGUAUCAGUUUAUGAGUUUUAAAGAAACUCAUUGGUUCAGCAUCGGAGGAAAAACCAUUUUUCAUCAGGAACUUUUGUUUGGUUUCACCAUUGGCUCCCAUGUCAAAGACUCCAGAAUUAAGAAUGGCAUCAAGCAUGGCUUGGCUUUCUCACCUGAAUUAACUUCAUCCAUUUCUUUUCAGCAUUGCUGGCAUGUAGCCUUUCUGCUUCUAUCCUAACACACCUUUAGAUGACCCCAAGCCCUUGAAAGAAGGGGAGAAUAGCAGUGUAACCUAUCUAUCAAUUGUUGUUGCUCCAGCCACACUAGCUUCAUCCUGCCCUUUGUGAGCCAAUGCAGCAUAUUGUACAUAUAGAUAGCCAGUCUUUAACAAGACUACCUGCAUUCCAGAAGACUCUAAGAAAAGAGAAUAUAGGAUCCCUCUGUGGACAAUGUACCUAAACAACUAUAUUAUAACUAUACAACAGUAAAAGAGGUCAUUCCUAUUUGUAACAUUGCUAUAUAAUAUUAAAUGUUGAUUUGCUUGGAAAACAGAUGCCUAUCAAUGGAUAAAUCAUGGAAGUAAAUCUGAUUUUUAUCAGACUUCUUUUCUAAUAAAUGCAUGUUGGACUAGAGCAGCAUUUCUCAACCUUGGCAACUCCAAGAUGUCUGGACUUCAAUGUCCAAAAUUGUCCAGCCAAUAUCUUAAAAUUGUCCAGAUUGUGAAAUAGUGGACUAGGUUGCACAUUUCCCUAACAGAAGUGUUGUACUUCAGGAUCAUAAAGCUUGGAAGAAAUUAAUAUCUGCCACAAAUUCAAUGCUGUACUCCAGAACUCAAAUUGGUAGUUUCUGUUUCUAUCUUUGAAAGAACAACUUUCAGAAAAGUUGGGGAAAAACAAUUUUUCUGCCUGGAUUAUGUACUUCAGUUAAUGCCAUUUAAUAUUACAGCAUUACAAAAAGUAGUAUUUUACACUAUUUUUUGUAAUCUCGUAACAUUGAUAUAGCAUGAGUUUUACUUUUGUUUGUUAGCCAAGAAAUUUAGCAGUAUAAGAACAUGUUUGUGACUCCACCACAAAUACGAUUUGGUCUACUGGAACGAAAAUAUUAUUUCCUUUCAAAUAUUUUCUUUGGGCAAAGAAAUGUAGGGCAAAAGGCACUUAUUAAAUACAUUUUUUUUGUAUUUUUCGGUGAAUGUUUUAGAUUUUCUUUUUAUCUUUAGAUAUACCUCUUGGAACUGGAUCACAGAAACUUAUCUAUUUAGUCAAACUUGUCUUGUGUAUUUAGUCUCCAGGCUGUCUUUUUUGUGCAUGAAUAAAAAAAAGAUUCUCCAUAUCUACCAAUAACAACUUCAGUAAACUUUAGAAGUCUGUAAAUAUAUAAAGUCAUAUAAAUAUAUAAUCAGCUUUCAAGUUACAAUUGAAAUAGCAGGCUGAUGAAAAUAAAAUCACAACAGAGCUACCACUGAGAAUUAGAUAGGAAAGCAAAUCUGGGCAAAAAUGUUUUUUUAAAGUGAUCAAUGUUAGUUUUAGCUGUUUUAUCUCCUUCCACUUCCUUUAUGGAAAGUUAUCUCAAGAUAUUUACAUCACUGAAGCCUGAACUGGAAGCCCACAAAACCAAGGAAAAAUGAAUGCUCCCAUAGAUAGACCUGCCUAUAUAAGCUUCCACAGAACAGUCGUUCCCAUCACAGUGCAAGCCAAAUCUUACAAAGGGGCCACCAUUUCUUUCAAAGGGAAUGGCUUAAGAUAGUGAAGCUAACCGGUUUCCUACUACAAGUCAAAUUCUGAUACCAUGUUCAUGUGUAUGAUACAAAAGGGCAAAGUGAGUUGCCUCUACAUGUGUAUGGCCAUGAAAUGAGGAUUCAGCAGAAAACCGGUACAUAAAUCCUUGAACACAAAGAUUCUGCUCCUCACUACAAUUGAAAGGCAGAUGUCCCAAGCCCCCUCUGUUCAAAACCCUUUGGAUCUUCAAAUCCUAAUCCUACUGGUUGCUUUGUUAGUUGUUACUGCCAUCACUUGUCUUCCAGAAGUAUCUCACUUGGUAUUCAUCUUGCAGGUCUCUCAUUUCUGGUAAUUAAAAAUAUCGACAUGAGAAAGUUGAAAUAAUUUAUAUGGUAUUACUUCCUGGCCUUAUAGCAUAGAGUAAUUGAAUAUUCAGCCUCUUUCCCCAAUACCCAAUAACUUUGGGAGAUAUGCCAAUCCCACAGGAAACCAACAAAACAAAACAAAAUGAAGCUAUGAAAAACGUAUAUUCUAAUUUUUAAUGUGAAAAUGCAAAUAUUAAGUAUGGAAGAAGAUAAAUUACAGAUCUGAACAGAUCACCAUCAUAUAUCAACUUACAAAUUAGUUUAAAAAGUUAAUGAGGAAAUUACAAAAUGCAAUAACUCACUAUGAGCAGACCAGGGAUGGGUUCUACUUACCUUUACUAACGGUUUGCAACGGGAUUGCUUCGCUCGCGCGCCUUGCUUCUGCGCAUGCACAAAAGCUUAUGCGCAUGUGCAGAUCACUUCUGGUGAUGUCAAGGUCAGUGGGCGGAGCCUCCCGCCAGUUUUACUACCAGUUCUAUAGAACCGGUCCGAACCGAGGGCAACCCACCACUGGAGCAGACCACUAGGCACAGUCUGCCACAAAUACUGCCUUUUCUUCAGGAAUCUCUGAGAAAUUUCUAGAGAGGUUUUAAGUUAUUGUUACAUUAGUACAAGAAAGAGAAAUAUAACUUCAUGAACAUAGCCUGAGAUUUGAUGGAGAACUGCAAUUAAACACACAGUUCUAUAAUUGAUUCAGAAUGGCAAAGCACCACAGUAAACAGAUUUAUAGAGGAAGGGAUUAGAGCAGCAGUGAAAUCUGGCUGGUUCUAUACGGCUCAUGCGAACUGGUAGCGCUGGCGGCGGAAGGCUCCGCCCACCUGCCAGGACAUCAUUACGUCCCAUUUUUUACCCUCUGCACAUGUGCAGAAGAGGCGAGCGUGCAUAGCGCGCUCCUGUUCCUGAAUCAGUAGUAAAGGUAAGUGGAUUUCACCGCUGGACUAGAAUAGUUCAAGUCUGCACAUGAUAAAAAACCAUAUCUCAUUUGUGGAAAUGUGCAUUGUCAGUCUAUCAUAUAAAGUACAUUCACAACACAGGUUUUCUAUUAAGGAUUUCAAUAGCCCUUAAAAGCCUUCUCUAAAGCAAUAGCCCUUUCUCAGCUUCUCUCUUUCUCUCUGCCUCCUCACGUUUCUCAUAGGGAAAGAAGUAAUCGCCUUUCUGGGCUACUAGUGUCCCCUAAUGCACACUCACUCCAAAGGUAGAAUGGAUCCAGUUUUCAUUUAGUUGCAUAUUCAUGUUUGCAUGGUAGCAAUUAUACUCUAAGGAUAUUAGUCACGUUAAAAUCAAAUCCACUCUACACUAGAUAUCAGCAAAUAGACUUGGCUCACACAUUGUUCUUGGUCUUCAUAUGGUUUGUUGGUUUGGAUCAAGCAUGUUGUGUAAAUCCAACUAAUUGAGGUUUAUGCAAUAUACCUUACUUAAGCAAAACAUGAUAUUUAAGUGAGCUCAAGCGCAUUUUGCAGAUGCCAAAGGCACAAAAUACCAGUAAAAUUCAGGGACAGUUUAUAAUUUUCAGUCACAUGGUUUUGCAAGUAUCAUUUUGAAACAAGCCCUAAAUAAGUGUUUUAAUCCCUUUGAUGGUUUAUACUGCACAUAAAGAUCUCCAACAUUUUUUUAAAAAAGCAGAAAAUUGCCAUGUUAUAAUGCCAAACCCUUGGAAAGUACUAUACUUAAAAGUAGUUUAAAAAUGCUGUUUCCUAUGGCAGAAAGUAGGCUCGGUUUAGAUUAAACUGUGAACCUAGUAACUAUGUUGUGAAUAGGUUCAUUCAUUCAAAUACAUUUUAAUCUUUUUUAAUUCCUCAAUUAUUGUCAAGCAAUUGUACAACUAUUUUGUGAAAUAAAAAUGAAGAAUUGAGCAAC